AUGGGCCGUCAACUCAAUCAAUCACAUCACGCCAACGUCCACGCCGUCGAAAUCCACUGCGUCUUGGCAAAGACGUCUGGCGGCAAGCUUCUCAAGAACGCAACUCCGACAACCAAGAAGCGCAUCGGCAAAUCGUGCGUUCGCGCCGACGAGAACAACAUCGCGGACGAUCUUCAGACCGGCUGCACGGGGAUCAUCUCCGAGGGGGACCUCGUGAUCAAGGACUGGGACCCCCCGCUCCACUUCUACUGCGCCAGGAGGCUCUGGAAGGAGUCCGUCACCCAAACCCUCAAGGCGAAGAAGAUCAUCAAGGAGAUAGGGACCACCGAGGAGGAGGAGGAUUAUUUCGUCAACGUCUUCUGCGUUCACGCCUCGACUCGUGAAAACCUAGCCCAAGCUCUGGACAGCUCCAACUUCGCCUGCGUCACCAACAUGGCCCUUGAGUUAGUCUACUCGUGGCUCUGAUCGGUUGUUUCGCUUUACGCUCCUUUCAAUCAUUCGUCACAACAGCUCAUAGCCUGGACAACGCAUUGGUUGCAUUCAUUCUUUGCACUGCUUUUGCAAUUUGCGCUCAUGUGCAGGUCGCUGGAGGUUUCUCUCACGCUUUCCUAGCUUCCCUGCUUCAAUAGAGUCGGGGUAUGCGUGUGUGCGUGUGCGAGAAGUGGUUGCGUAUAAGUCUCGACAUUUGACGCAUUAACAAUGAUUCGUCACCUUGCUUUAAGGAAUUUGCGCCCACGUAUAUGUGGCUAUGAACAUCGGGGUAUGCGUGCUCUCCAUAAUAAGGAGAAUGUGCGCAGAGGGGAAUUGGUUGCAUCAUGUUUGUCCCUUGCGACGAGGACGCUUUUUUCGCUUCAGUUCUUCAAUAGGUCGGGGUAUGCGUGCUCUCCAUAAGUAGGAUAUGUGCGGGGGGAAAGUGGUUGCAUGCAAGGUUGUUACCAUAUCUAAUACUUCAUUUGGUCUCCUC